CCGACUGCAACUCCCAGCGGCCCCCGCGGCUUCCGGCUGGCAAGAUGGUGGCGCGCAGGAGGAAACGUGGGUCGCGGGACCCGGAGCAGGGGAUUCCGAGCCCGCCGGGUUACUCAGCCAUCCCGAUCAAGUUCUCAGAAAAGCAGCAGGCUUCUCACUACCUCUAUGUGAGAGAGCACAGAGUUCGAGAAGGCACCAAGUCUUCCUGGCCUCAGAAGCGGACGCUUUUUGUCCUCAAUGUGCCCCCAUACUGCACAGAGGAGUGCCUGUCCCGCCUCUUCUCCCCCUGCGGCCCCGUCCAGUCCGUGCAGUUACAGGAGAAGCCAGACCUCGCUGACAGCGCAGAGGAGCCAAAGUCCAAGUUUUUUCACCCCACGCCCGUUCCGGGCUUCCAGGUGGCCUACGUGGUGUUCCAGAAGGCAGGCGGGGUGUCUGCUGCCUUAGUCCUCAAGGGCCCUUUACUGGCCUCGACAGAGAGUCACCCUGUGAAGAGCGGCAUUCACAAGUGGAUCAGUGGCUACGCAGACUCGGUGCCAGACCCUGAGGCCUUGAGGGCCGAAGUGGACACGUUCAUGGAGAUGUAUGACAAGAGAAUAGCUGAGGAGGAGGCCAAGGCCAUGGAGGAGGAAGGGGCUCCGGACGAGGAGGGCUGGGUGAAGGUGACCCGUCGGGGCCGGCGGCCCGUGCUGCCGCGGACGGAGGCGGCCAGCCUGCGGGUGCUGGACAGGGAGAGGCGGAAGCGCGCCCGCAAGGAGCUGCUCAACUUUUACGCCUGGCAGCACCGAGAGACCAAGAUGGAGCAUCUAGCCCAGUUGCGGAAGAAGUUCGAGGAGGACAAGCAGAGGAUCGAGCUGAUGCGGGCACAGCGCAAGUUCCGACCCUACUGAGCUGAGCUGGUCCCGGGGCCCCACGGAGAGGGGCAGUGAGCUGUGGCGGUGUGUGGCCAGGGAGGACGGGAAGGCCUGGAACACUCGUCCCAGCCUGCGCAGGCCCAGGGGCUGCCACAUCAAACCACCCCCCUCCCCGCCCCCGCCAGAUCUGAGCACACAGGGACAGGACCCUCCCCCUGGUUCUGAGGCCGCAGCGGGGGGGGGGGUGGGGGGUGGGGGGGGGUGGGGGUGGGGGGGCAGUGCUGGUGAGGCCUGCCUGGCGGAGGGGGGCCCACAGGCCGCAGGGAGCCACUAGCCCAGGCCAUGGCUGCUUCCUUCUCCUGGUUUGUCUGUUCCCAGUCUGCCCCAGGCCUUUGGUCUCCCGAGUGUCCACUGUAUUCUCCCUUCCCCUCCGUGGAAGAGCCCCCACGCAGACAGGACAGCCUCAGAAGCACACAAGAACGUUUUAUUUUUCGUCUGGCUGGGCGGCUACCUGGCUGUUCCUUCCCCUCCCCCGCUACCCACAGACCGCCAGCCACAGAACAGUGCCCCCAGAUCCAAACAGGGUCUCCCCCUUGAAGUCACAGAUGUUGAAAGAAUCUUGCCCCGUGUCCCCCCAAACUCCCCAGGAUUCUCCACCUCGUUCAAAACCAGUGAGGCCAGUCCCCACCACACCGCCCUGGCUGGAGGGCCUGGAACUAGGAAUCCAGGUGGUGAGUGGUGGGCAUCGGGUCUCCAAAGGCCUGGGCCCGGGCUACAUACGGUGUGGUAUCGUCUCCUUGCUCUGCAGAAAGGCACUGAUGAUACCAGCCACGGUCUCGGGUUGGUUCAAGUGGACGUAGUGGGAGCCCGGGACUUCGAUGUACUGGUACCGCUGGUUGGGGCGGGAAUGGUUGGUGAGUGUGGCCCCUCUGCUGUGCUGGGGCCUUCCCAGGGUCUGCUACCUCCCAGGGGUUCCAAAGGGUCCCCCAUGGUGAACCAUGGGGCAGGGACUGACCCACAGCUCUCCAGUCACAUGCUGGUUAAGUCAGAGCCUGACUCAGAGUCAGAAAGGCCUGAUUUGGAAAUGGGGGGGAUGUCCGGAUUUCUGGGUCAUUCUGGCCUGUGAGGUUGUAGAGCUAGGCUAGGGAGGACCCAGGAGUCAAGGGUGACCCUCCCUGGGAGACGGGAGGGCACUGCGGGCGGGCCACACAGGCUCGCCUUCGGUGGUGGUGCUGAGGUCACCCGAGCUGAGCUCAUGCCCCCACCUCCUUUAGGAUCGAUUUCAGCGUGUCUGUCACAAAAGUUAUGAUGCUCUUGUUGGUGUCAUCCUCCCUUCUCACGUUAAAAUAUCCUUGCAUUGCUCUGGAAAGUGAGAGGAAAAUCAAGAUUCACCCUGGGGACACCUUGUGGUACCUCCCCCCAGCCCGCUUCCAGGCUGAGCAGAGACUAGCCUAGGCUUGCCUCUGAUUUUCCUGCAGUUCAGGGCUCACUGUGGCCAAGGUGCUGCGGGGUUCACCUCGGCAGGGUCAUGGGACCCGCCCGCGGCCAGGGCCUCUGCAUGGCGCAGCCGGGAGGGGACGGGCCGAGUCCCUGCUCGCUCUCCACGUCUUUCCCGAGAUUUUGCGCAUUUCACCUGUAUACUUACGAGUUCUGUACCUGUGACUACAGUCGAUUCAAGGACACUGUCAUCGUCUCAGAAAACCCCAAACCGGAGCCUCUAGUUCUCACCCAGCUCCUGGGUUUACACCAACACUGACUGCAGAGACUGCGCUCCGCACUGGUGUGUGGGUCGAACCACAGAACGCAUGGUCUCGGGACUGGCUUCUUUCACUUUCUGUCCUGUUCUCCUGAGUCAUCUGUGUAGCUUACACCAGUUUGUUCCCUUCUGGCUGAAAUGUAGCCCCCCGCGUGGACAUGCCGCAUUCGGCCUGUCUGCUGGUGGUCACCUGGGUGGCCUCCGCUUCUGGGCUGUUGUGAUGAGCACCGCUCUGGACGGUCCCGCACGAGCUGCCAUGUGGACCUAGGUCGGGCCUGUAGAUCCCUGGGAGGGUGACUGUGGAGCCUUGUGGUAACUCAGUGGCUCCAGAAACUGCCAGACUGUUCCAAGUGACUGUGCCGCUUUACAGCCCAACAGUGGGAGACUCUGGUUUCUCCACAUCCUUGCUAGUGCCUGUCCCCUGCCAUGUAGGGUCCUGCCGUCCCCAGGUGUGGGGGGUUGCAGCGUAUCUCACUGGGGUUUGGAUCUGCAACUCCAGUCUGUGCUUCCUAGACCCCUGUGCUCAGCACCAGAGACACACAUGUCCCUAGAAGUCACAGCUGUGGCCACAGGCAGUGGCUUGGGGACUGCAGCUGGCAGGUGGGGGCAGUUGGAAGGCCGGGGAGCAGCAAAGGGCCAGGGGACCUGGCAGGGGACAGUCGGCCGGUGUCUGCCCGGCCUUGCAAGAGGGGCAGCUGGCUCAGCUCCUGGCCCUGCUGCCUGUGCCCUCCAUGCCCUGGUGCCAGGGGCAGCCCGGCCUCAAGCAGAAGAACCCAGAACCUCACACGAGGGAGACCUGGGGGUUCCUGGCAGCCGAGGGUCUUUGGAGGCACGAGGCUCGCGCUUACUUGAUGAGCAGGACGCGGGCCCGCAGCUGCUUGGUGAAGUUCACAAACUGCUCCCUGCUGAUGAAAUCCAUGCAAUGCACCGGCUGCGAGGGGACAGACCACGGCCGCCCUGCAGCGCGGCCCAGGCAGCCCAGGCUCCGGACUCCACCACGAGCAGCCUUCCGACCUGCACCGACCGUCCUCGUCUGCUUAAGCCACUGUGCAGAGUGAGGAUGCCUUGACACUCCCACAGCCCCGCUGGCCUCCAUCAGGGCCAGGGCCACCCUGUUUUAGGACCACGUAGCCACCACACGUGGCUACCAAGUGCUUGAUAUGGGGCUAGUCCAAGUGGUGCUGUGGGGGAAACUGCACAGUGGAUGUCGAAGACUUAACAGAAAGAAUGCCAGAUGCCUCACAUUUUUAUACUGGUUACAUCUUGAAUAUAUGCAGUUAAAAAUACUAAAUUUGGGGUGCUUGGGUGGCUCAAUCAUUAAACAUCUGCCUUUGGCUUGGGGGGGGGUCCCUACUCAGUGGGGAGCCUGCUUCUCCCAACGCUGCCCCUGCUUGUGUUCCCUCUCUUGCUCGCUCUCUGUCAAAUAAAUGAAAUCUUAAAAAAAAAAAUUUUUUUUU